CAGAAUCUUUUUGAGAUGAAGAGUCGGAAUCUCUCUGAUAUUCAGAGUCAGAGUCUCCAUGAAAUUCAGCGUCAGAAUCUCUCUGAGAUUCAGAGUCAAAACCUCUCUGAGAUUCAGAGUCAGAAUAUUUCUGAGAAUCAGAGUCAGAAUUUCUCUGAGAUUCAGAGUCAGAAUCUCUCUGAGAUUCAGAGUCAGAAUAUUUCUGAGAAUCAGAGUCAGAAUUUCUCUGAGAUUCUGAGUCAGAAUCUCUCUGAGAAUCAGAGUCAGAAUAUUUCUGAGAAUCAGAGUCAGAAUCUCUCUGAAACGCAGAGUCAGAUCCUCUCUGAGAUUCAGAGUCAGAAUUUCUCUGGAACGCAGAGUCAGAACCUUUCUGAGAUUCAGAACCAGAAUUUCUCUGAGAACCAGAGUCAGAAUCUCUCUGAGAGUCAGAGUCAGAAUCUCUCUGAGAGUCAGAAUCAGAAUCUCUCUGAGAGUCAGAGUCAGAAUCUCUCUGAGAUUAACAGUCAGAAUAUCUCUGAGAUUCAGAGUCAGAAUUUCUGUGAGUGUAAAAGUCAAAAUCCUUCUAAGAUUCAGAGCCAGAAUCUUUUUGAGAUGAAGAGCCGGAAUCUCUCUGAGAUUCAGAGUCAGAGUCUCUAUGAGAUUCAGCGUCAGAAUCUCUCUGAGAUUCAGUAUCAAAACCUCUCUGAAAUUCAGAGUCAGAAUAUUUCUGAAAAUCAGAGUCAGAAUUUCUCUGAGAUUCAGAGUCAGAAUCUCUCUGAAACGCAGAGUCAGAUCCUCUCUGAGAUUCAGAGUCAGAAUUUCUCUGGAACGCAGAGUCAGAACCUUUCUGAGAUUCAGAACCAGAAUUUCUCUGAGUUUAACAGUCAGUAUAUCUCUAAGAUUCAGAGUCAGAAUUUCUGUGAGAGUAAAAUUCAAAAUCCUUCUAAGAUUCAGAGCCAGAAUCUUUUUGAGAUGAAGAGUCGGAAUCUCUCUGAUAUUCAGAGUCAGAGUCUCCAUGAAAUUCAGCGUCAGAAUCUCUCUGAGAUUCAGAGUCAAAACCUCUCUGAGAUUCAGAGUCAGAAUAUUUCUGAGAAUCAGAGUCAGAAUUUCUCUGAGAUUCUGAGUCAGAAUCUCUCUGAGAAUCAGAGUCAGAAUAUUUCUGAGAAUCAGAGUCAGAAUCUCUCUGAAACGCAGAGUCAGAUCCUCUCUGAGAUUCAGAGUCAGAAUUUCUCUGAGAUUCAGAGUCAGAAUCUCUUUGAGAGUCAGAGUCAAAAUCUCUCUGAGAUUCAGAGUCAGAAUCUCUCUGAAACGCAGAGUCAGAAUUUCUCUGAGAUUCAGAGUCAGAAUCUCUUUGAGAGUCAGAGUCAAAAUCUCUCUGAGAUUCAGAGUCAGAAUCUCUCUGAGACGCAGAGUCAGAACCUCUCUGAGAUUCAGAACCAGAAUUUCUCUGAGAACCAGAUCAGAAUUUCUAUUCAGCGUCAGAAUCUCUUUGAGAUUCAGAGUCAAAACCUCUCUGAGAUUCAGGGUCAGAAUAUUUCUGAGAAUCAGAGUCAGAAUUUUUCUGAGAUUCUGAGUCAGAAUCUCUUCAAGAUUCAGAGUCAGAAUCUCUCUGAGAAUCAGAGUCAGAACCUCUCUGAGAUUCAGAGUCAGAAUUUCUCUGAGAAUCAGAGUCCGAAUCUCUCUGAGAUUAAGAGUCAGAAUAUCUCUGAGAUUCAGAGUCAGAGUCUCUCUGAGAUUCAGAGCUGAAAUUCUCAUGAGAUUCAAACACGCACUUUGCGUGGAAUUAAGAGUUGGAAUUUUCCUAGGACUCAGAGUCAAAACUCAGUGUUGCAAUAUUUCUGGGGUUCAGAGUCGAAAUUCUUUCAGAAUUCAGAGAGGGUGAACUCCAGGGACUCAAAGUCAGCGUUUUUUUGAGUUUCAGAGUGACUCCAAGAUUCAGAGUCGAUCGAAAUCCUUCUGGGAGUCUGAUUCAAAGGGCUGGGAACUUUUUUGAAUUCUGAAUUGGAAUGCUUCUGUAUUUCAGAAUCUAAGACAUCCAAGGGACCAGUUUUGGAAUUAUAUUGAGAUUGAGAGUCGUAGUUCUUCAGAAAUUCAGAGUCGAUGUCUUUUUGGGAUUUAGAGUCGACAUCCAUCAGGGAUUGAGCGUCGGAAUGCUCGUAAGACUCAUAGCUGGAGUCCUGCAGAGAAUACGUCUUUCUGGGAUUCAAAGAUGGUAUCCUCCUGGGAUUCAGAGUCGUGGGAUUGAAAGUUAGAAUCGAAAUCCUCUUGGUAUUCAGAAUUAAAGUAUUUCUUGGAUUGAGCGUCAAAACCCCUUCUUGAAAAAUUUCAGUACGAAAACAAAAAAGAUAAUCAAUAAUCUGAUGAAUCGUUUAAAAAUUACAAAAAAAAAAACACAAAGCUAUUUUUUAGAAGAAUCUUUACAAAAAUUUCUAACGAAACUUAAGAAGAAACACUUCAAGAAGUUCCUGGAAACUUUUUGGAAACCUGUAGAACAAUUCUUGGAGUAGAACUCGUGUCAAAUUCUUGUAAAAUUUAAGAGAAAUCCAUCCAAUAGUUAACUUACAAAAAGGAUCAAGAAUCUUUGAAGGGGAUUUUACCUGAAAACCUCCUCUAUUUGAUUAAGAUUAUUGCAAGAAUGGCUUUUUGGAAUAUAGUUAUGAGCUACAUAACGGAAAAUUAUUAUAAAAAAAUGGCAUUGCAGUUCCUAAUGGACCAAUGUCUUCAGGAAUGCAAGUAGAACGAGAAGAUCUGCUUAGAAAUCACUGGAAAGAUUUUUCUGUGUAUUACUGGAUUAACUCCUGGGUCAUCGCAACAAUUCUAUCUGCAAUAUUAUUUAUAGGGAUCUUUAAAAACUUUCUCGGAAAAUCUCGAAGAUGCAUUCUUGAAGAUUGUGGUAGUUUAGCAUCACACCAAGCAGGCCAUUCCUUUGGGACAGUUUAUGAAUGGACCUAUGCACGAGUUCACGAAUUUGACGUUUGAGCGGUGCCGAAUUCACUCGUUGCC